GGCUGAGCCGGCCUCAGUGGCGUCGAACACAGUGGGUGGGACCGGGCCUGCCUCAGUCGCUCUGUAUACACAGUCAACAGUCGAGCGGGGGGCCUCCCGGCGAGCGGUGGUGUGUUACGUGUGUUAGAGGUCCUCAAACGAACGGUGGACGGUGGACGGUGGACGGUGGACAGUGGACGGCGGACGGCGGACGGCGGACGGCGGACGGCGGACGGUGGACGGUGGACGGUGGACGGUGGUCGGCGGACGGUGGACGGAGGACGGUGGACGGUGGACGGAGGGCGGCGGACGGCGGACGGCGGCGGGAGAGGGCGCCCGGUGGACGACGGCAGGUGAAUCCCAGCGAGAUCUGCACCAUGGUUCUCGGAAGUCGAAAUGUCGGUUUUCUUUUACGGGCUGUGCUCUGGCUGCACGUGACUCCGUUCGUGAUCGGGGUGCGACUCCCUCCGAUUGGUCACAUUAACACCGACGAAGCGCUGGCGUCUGACGUGGGUUCCGUGCUGGCUGACUGGUCCGCCGGCGGUGGCGGAGCGGAGCCGGACUUCUCCUACCCCCAGCUGCGGCCAUCCACCAGCGACCAGCAGCAGGAGUCCGCGGUGCGCGAGCUCGUCUACCGGCUCAUCCCCGACCGGGCCGUCGAGUUCAGCUUCAGCGUCAGCGCCAAACUGCUGGACAGCGCCGGCCGAGACCUGUUCACGGUGAGGGCCUCUAGUGGUCACGUGCACAUCGAGGCGUCGACGGGCGUGGCCGCCUCCUGGGGCCUGCACCACUACCUCAAGUACGGGUGCGCGGCGCACGUGUCCUGGGACUCUGAUCAGCUGGAGCUGCCCAGGCCGCUGCCGGAUUUCAGCGCCACCGUCCGCGCCAACGACAGGUUCCGGUACUACCAGAACGUGUGCACCGUCAGCUACAGUUCGGUGUGGUGGGGCUGGGGCCGCUGGCAGCGCGAGCUAGACUGGAUGGCGCUCAACGGCGUCAACCUGGCGCUGGCCUUCACCGGCCAGGAGGUCAUCUGGAGGCGGGUGUUCACGCAGAUCGGCCUCGAGGCCGCCGAGGUGGACCAGUUCUUCACCGGGCCCGCCUUCCUCGCAUGGAACCGGAUGGGCAACCUGCAGCGCUGGGCGGGCCCUCUCUCGGACGCGUGGCACGCGGGCCAGCUGACCCUGGCGCACCAGAUCAUCGCUCGGAUGCGCCAGCUGGGCAUCACGCCUGUGCUGCCGGCUUUCGCGGGCCACGUCCCGCAGAACUUCACCAGGGUGUUCCCGGACAGUAAUAUCACCCAGCUGGAACCGUGGAACGAUUUCAACGAAACCUACUCUUCCACUCUGUUUCUGAAUCCUGUGGACCCCAUGUAUGAACAGAUAGGAAAUCUCUUUGUAGCCGAGCUGGAGCGGGAGUUUAACGGCACCGAACACGUCUACAACUGCGACUCGUUUAACGAGAUGACGCCGCCCUCGUCUGACCCGGACUACCUGGCUGCGGCCGGCAACGCCACGCUGGCGGCCAUGACCGGCGCCGACCCGCAGGCAGUCUGGUUAAUGCAAGGGUGGCUCUUCUUGAAUUCCUUCUGGGAAGUUCCACAGGCGAAGGCAUAUCUGACCUCAGUGCCAACAGGCCGGAUGAUCGUGCUGGAUCUGCAUUCGGACGUGAAGCCGCUCUACGGCCAGUUCGACUCGUACUACGGGCAGCCGUUCAUCUGGUGCAUGCUGCACAACUUUGGCGGACAGCUCGGCCUCCAGGGCACCGUCGACCAGAUUGUCAAGGGACCGUUCGAGGGCCGCGCCAUCGCCAACAGCUCGAUGGUCGGCACCGGUCUGACGAUGGAGGGCAUCUUCCAGAACUACGUCAUGUACGACCUGAUGCUCGAGAUGGGAUGGAGAAAGAGCUCUCCCGACGUCGUCCAAUGGGCAGCCGAUUACAGCCGUAGGCGAUAUGGUGCCGACAUCAGCAAUCACACAACAAUGGCUGACGCAUGGAAAUUCCUCAUCACGACUGUUUACAACCACACGGUGAAUAGCGUGCACUUCCACGGGUGGUUUGCGGCCGUCAAAAGACCUGAGCUUGUUUCAUCAGCACCCCCGACGGAUGUAGAUACCGUGUUGAUGUCGCUCGAUCUUGGCCACAUCGGCUAUUUUAUGGUGACCAGUCGGCCGCAACUCAGCCCCUUCCCGGCUCUGUGGUACAACUCCUCCGACCUGACGGCCGCCUGGGACCGGCUGGUCGCUGGAGCCACGGCCGACCAGGUGCGGGCCGCGGCCAACCUGCGCCACGACCUGGUGGACGUGACGAGGGAGGUGCUGACCGGCCUGCUGACCACCUACCACGGCCGGCUGGUCGGCGCCUUCAGCGACAACAACACCGUCCUGCUGCGGGAGGAGGGCGCCGUGAUACUGGAGCUGCUGGCCGACCUGGACACCGUGCUGAACACGGACAAGGACUUCCUGCUCGGAGCCUGGGUGAAGCAGGCUCGAGAGGCCGCCGCCAGUGAGGAGGAGGGCGUCCAGUUCGUGUACAACCUGCUGAACCAGCUGACACUGUGGGGUCCGCGCGCCAAUAUCGUCGACUACGCCGCCAAACAGUGGUCCGGCCUGAUGCGCGACUACUACCGGGCCCGCUGGCGCGUCUUCAUCACGUAUUUGGAAGAGUGCUUGUUGACGGCACAACCCUAUAACCAGACCGAAGUGAACGCCAGGUAUUUUUCACAAGUGGAGGAGCCCUUCACGUUCGGCCCGGCUGAUUACUCACAUGUGCCUACCGGUGAUACUGCGGAAGUGGUGGCGGAGAUGUAUCAGAAGUAUCGACCCGCCCUGGACGGCAGCCAUCGCCGGACGGCCGGUUACAGCGUCAUCUUUGUAUAACAAGACGGAGACAGCGGACAGUGCCACAACGUACCGCAAUCGCAACGAUGUAUUUGUUCCAAUCGUGUAGACCUCUUCCGAGCGUAUAUGUUUAUCAUAAAAUAGCCAAAAGUUUGAUGUUGGCGUACCAUUGUAAAAAAAGAUAAAAUGCAUGUUUGAUCGCCUGCACGACCAGCUCCUUCAUUUUGUUAUAUGCAUUUAGGAAAUUGAUAAUCGAAUUUAACAUGUACAAUUUGUAUGGCGUUUGAUCUGUUCUAUAGAAUGCUUCAAUUCUGAUAAGCACACAAUGCACGCGUUUAAUCGCAUCUCUGAAAAAUUGUUAUGGCAGGAUACCGUUCUGAGUCGUGUGUUUAAUCCCUCGGGGCUGAACAAUAAACAAGGUUGUUUCCUAAA